CCAUACUCGUUUCUUCUUAGAAGCCCAAAUCCACUAAAACCAUUUUCCAUUUUUACCCUUUUUCCCUUCUUCCCUUCUUCCUUUCUUUUCUUUCUAUCUCAUCUGUCAGUUUGGUUCAGUUGAACAGAAUUGGGUUUGCCGUUCGCCGUUUGCGUUGCACCGAUGAAUACGACGCCGUUUAUGGACAAGCAGAUUAUGGAUCUCACCCACUCAGGUUCUUCACAGAGCAAGGACCUCAUCGACCUCAUCAACAACAACAACCAUAAUCACAAACACAACAACACUGAUGACGAAGAUGAACGUGUUGAAUCCCAACUAGAACAUCAUCGUCAAGAAACCCUAAAUAAUAAUCUCAAUGGGAUUGGGGUCACCAAAGAUGACAUCAUUCCUAGCUACGAUUUCCAACCCAUUCGUCCCCUCGCCGCUUCUUCCCCUAAUUACGAUUCUGCCCCCAAUUUAGCUGCUUCUGCUGCUUUCUCAACUAGGUCAUGGAACUCCGAUUCCAAUGCUAACACUUCCCCUCCGCGCCCUCUCAUCAAGAGUUACAGUUCUCUGGAUACUAUUGAACCUACAAAGGUUGCUGCGGUAGGAAAGGACCAAAAGGCUCUUGAUGCAAUAAUUUUGUCUGAAAUUGAUCAAACCAUGAAGAAACAUAUGGAAAAUUUGCUUCAUGUUAUGGAAGGUGUUAGUGCGCGGUUAACACAGCUAGAAAGCCGAACCCACCGACUUGAGAAUUCUGUGGAUGAUUUCAAGGUAUCUGUUGGAAACAAUCAUGGAAGCACUGAUGGAAAACUAAGGCAAUUGGAGAAUAUUCUGCGAGAGGUGCAAUCAGGGGUGCGGACCGUCAAGGAUAAGCAAGAUAUAUUGGAAGCUCAGCUGCAGCUGGCAAAGCUGCAAGUGUCAAAGACGGAUCAGCAGUCAGAAACACAAACUAGUGUAGUUACAAAUCCCAUUCAGCAAGGUGCAUCUGCACCCCAGCAAUCUCAGCCACAGUUUCCUCCUCACGCUAAUCUCCCACAAUCAAUUCCUGCAGUCCCUUCUCCAAAUGCGCCUCCUCAACCUCCCCCUCAACAGGGAUUGCCACCUCCAAUUCAACUUGCAAAUCAAUUCCCACAGAACCAAAUCCCAGCUGUUCCUCAGAGAGACUCAUACUUUACUCCACCACCACCUGUUCAACCUCAGGAGGCCCCAAAUCAGCAGUACCAAGUGCCUCCAACUCAGCAGCCGCAUCCUCAGCCGGGGGCACCCCCACAUCAACAGUAUCAACAGAGCCCUCAUCCCCAGUUCUCACAGCCAGCACCUCAUAUACCUCAACAGCAGCCAGCACCUCAUUUACCUCAACAGCCGCCAGCAAUUACGCCCGUAAAUCUGCCGCCAGCAAUUACGCCUGUAAAUCUGCCGCAAAUUCAAUCUUCACUUGGCCAGCAUGUUGAGGAAACACCUUAUGUUCCUUCGCAAAACUAUCCACCCACUCUGCACCAGCCAACAUCUCAGCCACCUAGUGGGCCUCCGCCUACCCAACAGUACUAUGGCGCACCAACCCAUGCAUAUGAACCGCCAUCAAGUAGACCUAAUCCAGGUUAUUCUUCUGGAUAUGGUACAUUAUCGGCUCCUGCUGAGCCGUACCGUUAUGGUGGAUCAUCACAAUAUGGUGGCACACCUGCACUUAAGCCACAACAACUACCUACUGCUUCAUCAGUGUCUCCAAGCAGUGGAAGUGGCUACCCACAGCUCCCGACUGCUCGUGUACUCCCUCAGGCAUUACCAACUGCAUCUGUAGCAAGUGGGGGUUCAGGUUCUACCGGAGGUGGGAAUAGGGUUCCCAUUGAUGAUGUAGUUGACAAAGUUUCUAGUAUGGGAUUCCCUAGGGACCACGUAAGGGCAACGGUUCGGAAGCUGACAGAGAAUGGACAAUCAGUUGACCUGAAUGCAGUUCUGGACAAGCUUAUGAAUGAUGGUGAACUGCAGCAAAGAGGUUGGUUCAAUCGGUAGCACAAGGUACAAUUGACCGAACUUUGUAUAGAAGAAUCACUUGUUUCCUGAAUCCUGAUGAAGGCUUAUGAGGAAUGGGGACUAUUUAUGGUUGGAUUGUGCCAAAUUGGAUGCCUUGACUCUAAUUUUUCUCUUUUCCCCUUGUUCUUGUUUCUUGGAAAUUUGAGAUUGUUAUGUUUGCUUGUCUGGAUCCAAUUAUGACUUGAUCUUGUUCUGUAUAUUUAUAUUCACAAUAAACAUAAGUGGAUUUGCAAAAAAAUUGAUUUGGACAUAGAA